GCGGAUAGCUCGACUUUUCAAUCCGGAAUAAUCCAUAGCUCAUCCGCGGCAACACUACUUACGACGCGACGACUCUUCGCCCGCCGCUGUGUGGAACAACCUAGACAGCGUCCAUCCCUCAUUAUUCUAUGAACAAUGCUGCCAGCCUACUGCUUCCUAUCAGCUACGCGUACCUUUUGAACCUCGUCCUGACCCCCAUCGGCGACGGGAGAUUCUGUCAACGUCAAUUACCUGCUAAGUUUAUACCCGCUGCCAUAUUUUGUGUCGACUACAACAAAGCCACCAGAUUUGAGGCAACGAGUAGCACUUUGCAGAGUGCACACGACAGUUCUCCAGCAUAUCUAUCACGGGCACUGUAAACGCAGUGCACUCCCCGCCCGGUCAUCUCGUCAGCUAUCAGCGGGUACACGCCUCAUAUCUGCGCGGCUCUGCCCUCUGCGGCUUGUCCAUGUCUCACGUAAGUCCCGGGAUGAG